AUGAACAGGGUCGUGGAGAGUGUUGGGGAAAGAGUGACUGAGGUUCAGCCCGGAGAUCAUGUCCUCCCUGUUUUCACCGAAGAAUGCAAAGAGUGCGCCCACUGUAAAUCCAAAGAGAGCAACAUGUGCGACCUUUUGAGAAUCAACACCGAUAGAGGAGUCAUGAUUAACGAUCAAAAAUCUCGAUUUUCCAUCAACGGAAAACCCCUUUUCCAUUUCGUAGGAACUUCACCAUUCAGUGAAUACACCGUCGUUCAUGUUGGCUGUCUCGCCAAAAUCAACCCUCUUACUCCUCUUGACAAAGUCUGCAUCCUCAGUUGUGGGAUCUCCAUAGGUAUAAAAAGAAAUCAUAGUAUCCUCUGA